AUGGAAGCCUUAGGUAAUCACCCCAGGGAACUAGUAUUUCAGCGUGACGAAUGUUUCAAGAGAAUGGCGUACCUCACGCAAAAAAGUGACCACGAGUUUCCUCAAGAGGACAUCCAAUAUCUUGCGAAGGAAGCAAGGGACUAUUGUUUUUCAAGAGAAAUGGUUUAUAAAGACUCCAAUGGUAAAGAACAACACAUUCCUUUCACGCUUUACCCUUCACCUUUUCCAAAGAGGCUUUUUUCUACUGCAAGAGAAGUUCAGACGUUCUUCAACAUUCUUGUGCAUAAAGCCAGCCAGGACUACCAAUUUACAAAGAAUGCACUGUCCAGCACGAUAUCUGCCGACCAAUUUACAGCAAAGCUUUUUCAAAUUUACGAAAAGGUUUGGGAGCAAGGAGCAGCUCAGUCUAUUUCCUUAGGAAUAUUUCGAUCAGACUACUUGAUUGACACGACAGGCAAAUUAAACAAUGAAUGUCACAGUCGCACCAAAACUGACGCGAUGGACGAAAAUAACAAUGGGCUUUGCAUUAAGCAAGUCGAAAUCAACACCAUAGCGCUAGGAGGGAUUGCAUUCUCUUGCCUUAUUCCAGAGAUGCACAGGUAUCUCCUUGAGUUAAUAGAACAAAAAAGCAAGAAAUUACAUGUUCCUCUUAAUCCAGCAUUGGACGAGGCAGCAGAUGGUCUCAUCAAGGCCUGGGAACUAUACGGAUCAGAACGCGCUGUUAUUAUGUUUGUUAUUCAACCUGACGAGAUAAACGUUUACGAUCAAAAACAUCUGGAAUAUCGUGUUCACGAAAGAAGUAAGGGUGUAAGAGUAAUUAGGCGAAGCCUUACUGAUGUAUUCAGGGACGGAGAAACAGACAAUGCUAAAUCCCUUCAUUUGAAUGGAAUGGAAAUCGCUGUAGCUUACUUCAGAGCAGGCUACACGCCCAAAGACUAUCCCACAGAAAACGAAUGGUCAGCUCGUCUGACGAUAGAGUUGUCUCGCUGCAUCAAAUGUCCGACUGUGGCUCAUCAGUUGAUGGGAACAAAGAAAAUGCAGCAGGUGAUGUCUAACCCUGGGGUGUUAGAAAGGUUUUUACCUGACAAGGAAUCCGUGGACAGAGUAAGAAAAACGUUUACUGGCCUCUAUUCUCUUGACCCGGGACCUGUAGGGGAUCAUAAUAUGGAAUAUUGUCUUCAGAGGACGGACAGAUGUGUUCUUAAGCCUCAACGAGAGGGAGGAGGAAAUAACAUCUAUGGUGAAGAUAUACGUCACACGCUACUCAACGAUUCUAAGAACAGGACGCAGUAUAUAGUGAUGGAUCUGAUUCAGCCGGAAAUGAACCGAAACGUAAUAGUCCGUGAAGAAUACACAAACGUGCAUACUGUUGAUGUCAUUCCGGAACUUGGAAUUGUCGGCAUUUUUCUCAGCCGAGGAGAUGAAGUACUUGUCAACAAAGAAGGAGGGUACCUGAUCAGAACAAAAGCAGCCACUCAGGGGGAUGGUGGAGUGUACGCUGGAAGAGCUGCUUUUGAUAGCCCAUAUAUGGUAUAGCUCAUUUGGACCGCAUCAGAAGCCACACAAAGGCGGUUGUCAGCAGUACUGUCAUUUCUUGAAGGUGUCACACUCCUUGCUUUCGUGGUGAAGUUAGCUAGAGGAGAAGUUCAUGCCACUUUGCAUCGAGGCGUGAAGUCAUCGAUUUUCACUUUACCGUGGAAUGGCGUCGUUCGUCAUGAUGGACAAGGCUUCUCGUCAGAACGUUGUAGCAGCUUAAAGACACAUCUACUGUGCAUUUUUAAAGUUAAUACAAUGGAAAAUUUUAUCUGUCUCUUUUCCAGGGUUAACAUCUCUAUUUCUAAAAUAAUUCAAACAGUACGAGCGCUCUGAUUGGCCAUAGAACCAUUUUACAUGAGCGUAUGUAAACACGGUUUUCGUUCCUCUUUCAUUAGUUAUUUUAUAAAAGAAAUGUAAA